AUGGCCGACAAUGCAGUUCGGAGAUCGCUCCAGCCCACAUCAUAUCGACAGUGUAUAUAUACUGCGCCCACCGACACGGCCGCAGGGUUAGCCGCGCUUGUCUCCGCGCUCUCGGUGCUCUCUGGCGUAUUUGGGAACACUGUCGCGCAUAGGGCAUUGGCUGGAGUCAAGAGGGACGUAACACCAGGCAAGCUGCGCAUCGUUGAGAACAGCGGCGAGUGCGAAACGACCCCUGGGGUGUACCAAGCCUCCGGCUACGCCGACUUGGACGCGGAGAAUAGCAUGUGGUUCUGGUUCUUUGAGGCUCGCGAGAAUCCUGAAACUGCGCCGCUGACAUUGUGGCUGCAGGGUGGUCCUGGAGGGUCCGGCCUCGUCGGGGUCUUCCAAGAGCAUGGCCCAUGUAGGGUCAAUAACGACACGACCAGUGUCUCCUACAAUCCGUUCUCCUGGAAUAACGUGUCGAAUAUGAUAUACAUCGACCAGCCGAUACCGACGGGGUUCUCCCAGGGCAACAGGAACCUUAACAACUCCGUCGACGCCGCUCAAGACGUCUGGGACUUCCUGCAGAUUCUCUUUGCUGACGACCGCUUCAGCAAGUUCCAGAGCAACGACUUCGGUAUCUGGACCGAAUCGUAUGGCGGACAUUAUGGACCCACUUUCGCAAGGCAGUUCCUGGACCAGAAUGCGCGCAUCGCCAACGGUAGCGCGGAAGGCGUACCUGUGAAUUUGAAGAUGCUAGGAAUUGGGGACGGGUUGACUGACCCGCUCACUCAAUAUGGGAGCUACUUCGAUUACGCACAAUUCAACCCGUACUUCCCUACCGCUGACAACGACACACUCACCUCGACCAACCAAAGCUGGAUCGAGCCUGGCGGGUGCCGCGACGAGAUCUCCAAUUGCUACGCCACCUCGAAUUCGCAGAUCUGCGCGACCGCACAGUUCGACUGCGACGCCGAGGUCGCGCACCGGCUCGUCGGCGACCAGGACGAGGACUACAUCCUCUCGGGCUUCGACGACACGUAUCCGCCAGACAUCACCGCGUACGCGAACGACACCGAGCGGAAGGCCAGGAUCGGCGCGGAGGGGUCGUUUGGAGAGGUUAACAGCGGGGUGCUGUUCGCGUUCUCGGGCGAGUGGAUGCAGAACUCGGUGCCGACGCUCGAGUCUGUGAUUAAUGAGGGUGUGCAGACUACGCUCUAUGUGGGGGAUGCGGAUUAUCAAUUGAAUUACUUCGGUGUGGAGGCCAUGCUGGACAAGAUGAACACGACGGUCAGCGACGAGUGGGCCAAGCAAGAGUUUUCUAACUUCACCGUUCGCGGCGAACCUGGCGGUCUGUUCAAGAACGCCGGGCAACUGCACUACCUUCGCGUCUUCGGAGCAGGUCACGAAGUAGCUGCAUACAAGUGGGGCAACCUGCACAGAGGCGAAGCCGCGCUGCAAAUGUUCCGCCAGGUGCUCGGGAACGAGGCUCUUCACGCGACUUGA